UUCCCUCUCUAUCAUAUCUCUCUGUGCCCUUUGGUGUUCUCUUAUUUGGCUUAAUAAUCAACCUCUCCCCCUCCUUAACACGUUUGGAUUAUGCACUUUCAACUCCUCGUUUGAUUUUGCUCAUUUGGGAUGGGAAGGGUUAAGCUAAAGAUAAAGAAACUAGAGAACACAAAUGGCCGCCAGGCGACUUAUGCCAAAAGGAAGCAUGGGAUAAUGAAGAAGGCUAAUGAGCUUUCUAUCCUAUGUGAUGUAGAAAUUAUCCUCCUUAUGUUCUCCCCAACUAACAAACCUUCCCUAUGCAUUGGGAAGCGCAACAUUGAGGAGACCAUUGAAAAGUUUGCUCAACUAACUCCGCAGGAACGGGCCAAAAGGAAGUUUGAAAGCCUUGAAGCACUGAAGAAAACGUUCAAGAAGUUGGACCAUGAUGUAAAUAUUCAUGAAUUUCUUGGUACAAGUUCGCAAACAAUAGAGGACCUGUCCAACCAAGCAAGGUUAUUGCAGACCCGGCUUUCUGAAAUACAGAGGAGACUGAGUUGUUGGACUGACAUGGACAAGAUCAACAAUGUUAAUCAUUUGGGGCAAAUGGAAAGUUCACUGAAAGAAUCUCUAAAUCAAAUUCGAGCCCAUAAAGAAAAUUUAGGAAAGCAGCAGCUUUUACCCUUAGAAUGCACAAGUCAGUUCCAAAAUGAAAUGCGUGUACCCUUAAGAAUGGGCAUUGAGCAACAGCUCCAAUCUCUUGCAUGGAUGCCUAACAAUGACAGUAGACCCAUGGCAUUGCCAGAGGACUCAAAUUUGAUACCCCAUAGGGAUGUGGAGUGUUCGGCAAGUUCCUCGUUUGGUAGUUAUUCGGGUUACUUCAGCACUCCUAAAAGUUCUGAACUAUCGAGUUCUGGACAAGACAAUGGCAUCCUUAACGAUUUGCAACUAGGUGGGCAAUGCCCCUUCUCAUACGAUCUUAGCAUACUGAAUGAUCACAAAUUCCCAACGGCGGCAGAGAUGAAUUUUCAGGAAGCUCCUGUAGAUUAUCAUGUGAAUGGAGUUCUAGCAGGUCCGAGAACCGGAUACGAUGCAAACCAAGGCAGUUGGGCUUCCACUUCUGGUCCUUGUGCUGUUACCAUGUUCGACGAGCCAUUAUAGCCGUUGGUCCUACUAUGCCAGCAACUAAACUGAGAUGCAGAAGAGUGAUGCUAUCAUUCAUCUCAUCAUCUAAGCAGGAUAUGG